AUGACUAACGAAAUUAAUAAGAAGAGAAAGCUAGAGCUGGUCACGUCUGGUAAUAGCUACGCCUCGAGAAUAUUUGCUCCUUUUAGAAUAGUGGGAAAUGUAAGCAACGGAACUCCGUAUGCUAUUGGAACAUUAGGUUCUACAUUCUACAUCGUAACCAGUGUUGGUAAGUCAUUUCAGAUAUAUGAUGCUAAUAAUUUACAUCUUUUAUUCAUUUCUGAGAAGGAAACUGAAUCUAACAUUGUUGCACUUGCGACUCAUUAUCAUUAUGUGUUUGCAUCUUACAGCAAUAAGAUUGGUAUCUAUAAACGUGGUAUUCAAGAACAUUGUAUUGAAUUAGACCCGCCAAAUGCAGUAAUCAGACAUAUCUGUAACUUUGGUGACUAUUUAUGCGCAUCCACAGAUGAAAAUAUUGUUUACAUCUACAAGAAAUCUAAUCCUCAAGAAAAAUAUGCAACCAAGUUUUAUACUAAAUUACAAAUUACAAAAUUGCAAGGUGGAGAUAUAGUUUCUAUUAUUCACUUACCAACUUAUUUGAAUAAAUUGGUUGUUGUCACUAAGUCCAAUGUGAUUCUGUAUAAUAUCCGUUCAGGUAAACUAAUUUAUACUUCCGAUGAAUUCCCAGAUCAAAUUACAACCUGUGAACAGGCUCCUGCACUAGAUAUUAUCGCACUUGGUACUGCUACAGGUGAUAUUAUCAUGUACAAUUUGAGAAAAGGGAAAAAAAUACGUACUAUCAAGAUUCCACAAUUGAGAAUCUCUUCCAUUUCCUUUAGAACUGAUGGUUCUUCUCAUUUAUGUAUAGGUGGUACUAACGGUGAUUUGGUCUUUUACGAUCUAGACCGUAGAUCUCGUAUCCAUGUAUUAAAAAAUGUCCACGGUGAGUCACAUGGAGGUGUCACCAAGGCUUCUUUCUUGAACGGCCAAGCUAUUGUUGUUACUUCAGGUGGUGACAAUUCGUUAAAGGAAUACGUCUUCGACCCAUCCUUAUCGCAAGGCCCAGAAGAAGAAAAUGUCGUUCAACCUCCGAGAUUUUUAAGAUCUAGAGGUGGUCAUUCACAACCACCAUCUCGUAUCCUAUUUGCUGAUGACGAAUCGCAUUUCCUUCUUUCUGCUUCUAGGGAUAGAUCAUUAUGGGGAUUUUCUUUAAGGAAAGAUGCCCAAUCACAAGAAUUAUCGCAAAGGUUACACAAGAAAAAUGAUGGUAAUAGGGUUGGUGGUAGUACUAUCAAGGGUAAAUUUGAAGAGAUCAUAUCCAUGGCAAUUGUAAACACUAGAUUAGGUGAAUGGGAAAAUGUGAUUACAGCUCAUAAGAAUGAAAAAUUUGCUCGUACUUGGGAUAUGCGUAAUAAAAGAGUCGGUAGAUGGACAUUUAAGACCACUGAUGAUGGCUUUGUAAAAUCUGUAGCAUUAUCUCAAUGUGGUAAUUUUGGUUUUGUUGGUUCAUCCAAUGGUGACAUCGUCGUUUAUAAUAUGCAAAGUGGUAUCAUACGUAAGAAGUAUCGUUUACACAAGAAUGCCGCCGUCACUGGUAUCGAACUUGAUGGUAUGAACCGUAAAAUGGUAUCCUGUGGUUUAGAUGGUCUUAUUGGAUUUUAUGAUUUUAAUAAAUCUACAUUAUUAGGAAAAUUGCAAUUAGACGCACCAAUAACAAGAAUGGUUUACCAUCGUUCUUCGGAUUUAUUUGCUGUUGCAUUAGAUGAUUUUUCUAUCGUAGUAAUUGAUUCAGUCACACAAAGAGUUGUACGUCAAUUAUGGGGUCAUAGUAAUAGAAUUACAGCCUUUGAUUUUUCUCCAGAUGGUCGUUGGAUUGUAUCAGCAUCUUUGGAUUCCACAAUGAGAACUUGGGAUUUACCAACAGGAGGUUGUAUCGAUGGUGUAAAACUUGAUAGCAUUAUCACAGAUUUGAAAUUCUCAACCAAUGGUGAUAUGUUAGCAACUACCCAUGUUACAGGUAAUGGUAUAUGUAUGUGGACAAACAGAGCGCAAUUUAAGGCUAUAUCUACAAGAAUGAUCGACGAAGAAGAAUUCCAGAAGAUUCAAUUACCAAAUUCUUCUGUCUCUGGUAAUAGCUCCGUUCUAACUGGUGCUUUCACUAAUACAGAAGAUGUUGAAGAUGAUCAAAAUUUCAGUACUUAUAAAUCAUUAGCUCAGAUCAAUGAGGAACUAAUAACGUUAUCUAUCGGACCAAGAAAUAAGAUGAACAUGUUACGUAAUUUGGAUAUUAUAAAGCAACGUUCAAAGCCAACCGAGGCUCCUAAAAAACCGGAACAAGCUCCAUUUUUCUUACAGCUAAAGGGUGCUGGAGUUGGUGAUGAUGCCUCAGGUAGAGAAGGUAUUGCAUAUGAAACUCCAGAACAAAUUCUUGCGCGUGAAUCAGAGGGUCAGAAACAGACUGAUGCCAUUGAAGAAGUCACCAAAUUCAAACCAACUGGUCGUGUUGGAUUCGAGUCCAAAUUUACAAGAUUACUAAGAGAAGGUGGUGCAUCUGGUGACUAUAACUUAUUCCUUGAAUAUUUAAUGUCUUUAUCUGUUGGUGGUAUUGACCUGGAGAUUAGAUCAUUGAAUUCAUUUGAACCAUUCGAUGAAAUUUCUUGGUUCAUCAAUGCAAUCACUGCAGGUUUAGAUAGUAACAGGGACUUUGAAAUGUAUGAUGCAUUUAUGAACGUAUUGUUUAAGGUCCAUGGUGAUAUUAUUCAUAUGAAUUCAAAGGAUGAGAAAAUCCAAGAGGCAUUAACCAAUUGGGAAACUGCACAUAACCCUACAGAGAGACUGGACGAAAUUGUCAAGUUCUGUUCAAGUGUCAUAAACUUUGUAUCUACUUCAUAG